UUCCGGCGGGUCCGGCCGCGGCCUCCCCACGUGUGCCAGGAGCGCGGGGUUCCCGCUGCCGCCGCCGCGAUGUCGGUGCCGGCUGCUGCCAGCAACCUGCCCAUGCGGCUGCUCCGCAGGAAGAUCCACAAACGCAACCUGAAGCUGCGGCAGCGCAACCUGAAGCUGCGGGCGGCCCAGGGGGCAGUGCCGAACGAGGGGGCUUCUCAGGGACCCCCGGAGGAGGAGGAGGUGGAGGUGGAGGAGGCGGCGGUGCCAGAGGUGGAUGCAGCGGCCGAAGAGGGCGCAGAGCCUGUGGAUGCAGCCGGACCCCGAAGCGGAGAAAAGAAGAAAAAGAAGAAGAAAAAGAGAAAAGCGGCGGCCAAUGGAGGAGAUGAUACAGAAACCAAAAAAGCAAAAACAGAAGAAGAUGAUUGUGCAGAGGUAGAAGAUGGAGAUAAGCAGGACUCUGGAGAGAAAGAAGUGGAAGAGGAGGAGGAUGAAGUGCCCAGUUUGCCACUAGGUGUAACAGGUGCUUUUGAAGACAAUUCCUUUGCUUCCCUGGCUGGUUCUGUCAGUGAGAAUACAUUGAAAGGCAUAAACGACAUGGGAUUUACACACAUGACUGAAAUCCAACAUAAAAGUAUUAAGCCUCUUCUAGAAGGCAGGGAUAUUUUAGCAGCUGCAAAAACAGGCAGUGGAAAAACACUUGCGUUUCUCAUUCCUGCAGUAGAGCUCAUCUACAAGCUGAAAUUCAUGCCUAGGAAUGGAACUGGUGUUAUUAUUCUUUCUCCUACUCGAGAGCUGGCUAUGCAAACCUACGGAGUUCUUAAAGAACUUAUGAAUCAUCAUGUUCACACCUAUGGUCUGAUAAUGGGGGGCAGUAAUAGAUCAGCAGAAGCACAGAAGCUUGGAAAUGGAAUCAACAUCAUUGUAGCAACACCGGGAAGACUGCUGGAUCAUAUGCAGAACACUCCAGGUUUCAUGUACAAGAACUUGCAGUGUUUGGUAAUUGAUGAGGCAGAUCGAAUUUUGGAGGUUGGAUUUGAAGAAGAAAUGAAACAGAUCAUAAAACUUUUACCAAAGCGCAGACAGACGAUGCUUUUCUCUGCCACACAAACCAGAAAGGUUGAAGAUCUGGCAAAGAUCUCUCUGAAGAAAGAGCCACUGUAUGUUGGGGUUGAUGAUAACAAGGAGACAGCAACAGUCGAUGGUCUGGAGCAGGGUUAUGUGGUGUGUCCAUCUGAAAAAAGAUUCCUUCUGCUCUUCACAUUCCUCAAGAAGAACCGGAAGAAGAAACUGAUGGUAUUUUUUUCUUCAUGUAUGUCAGUCAAGUACCACUAUGAAUUACUCAACUACAUUGAUCUGCCUGUUUUGGCCAUUCAUGGCAAGCAGAAACAGACCAAACGUACUACAACGUUUUUCCAGUUCUGUAAUGCAGAGUCUGGAAUAUUGCUGUGCACUGAUGUGGCUGCCAGAGGAUUGGAUAUUCCUGAGGUUGACUGGAUUGUCCAGUAUGACCCUCCAGAUGAUCCAAAGGAAUAUAUCCAUCGUGUUGGUAGGACUGCCAGAGGAAUAAAUGGUAGAGGACACGCUCUGCUCAUUUUACGACCAGAAGAACUGGGCUUCCUUCGUUAUCUGAAACAAGCCAGGGUACCGCUAAGUGAAUUUGAAUUCUCUUGGUCAAAGAUCUCAGAUAUCCAGUCUCAGCUGGAGAAACUGAUAGAGAAGAACUACUUCCUUCACAAGUCAGCCCAGGAGGCUUACAAAGCUUACAUCAGAGCUUAUGACUCCCAUUCUCUGAAGCAGAUCUAUGAUGUGAAUAAUCUGGAUCUUCCCAAAGUCAGCCUUUCAUUUGGUUUUAAAGUUCCUCCAUUUGUUGACCUCAAUGUGAACAGCAACCAUGGCAGAAGACUGCAGAAAAGAGGCGGAGGUGGGGGAUUUGGCUACCAGAAGGCAAAGAACGUCCACAAAGCAAAAAUCUUCAAACACAUCAGCAAAAAAUCUGACAAUCGGCAGUUUUCUCGUUAAUUAUGGUCACUUAAAUGCCUUGUGGCCUUGGAGUAGCCUACCUUGAUCAGAACCAUCUGGCAGUUACUUCCAGUUUAAACAGCUCCUUUUCCAUUUUUAGGUCUCUUUAAGAAUUUAUUUUUUUUUUCUGGGAACAUCUUUUAUUUUUCACUUCAGGAAGAGUCUUCAGAACUGAGAUUAAAGGAGAAUAUGGCCAGCGAAUUUUGCCAUACUCUUGUAAGGAAGAUCAUUUAAAUUAAGUCAAUACUACAGAGAUAUUUUUAUUAAAGAAAGGAAUAAUACUUUUAUGUUUUAUAGAAGAAUUUGCUUUACACUUACCCUUCUUUCUGUGCAUAUCUCUGAAAAUUCUUAGAGUGGACAACAUAAGGACAUUGUGAGAAAAAAAGCUUUUGCUCAGAUGAAUCAUUGCAAGAGAUUUUAAUGCUACAGAACUCUGCUUUGGCCAUCAAAUAUACUGAAGAAUAUAGAAGAUUCCUUUAUAACUGAACCAUGGAUGAAUAAUCAAGGCUGUAUGAGCUUGUGAAUAAUUUCAGACACAGUAUCUGUAUAACAAGUACAGUGUCAACAAUAAAUCUCUUGCAUCAAUUCUGGGACAUGACUGAUA